UGCAGUAUCUUCUUGCAGUGAUCUAAAUAAUAUUCUUCUUAGAAUUAUAACAUUAAAAGCUUAAUGGCGUCCACUUCUAAAGAUAUUCCAAUUCCAACCAAACAACAAAAUGUUCCUGACGAUCUCGAACCAGGCGCCUGUACUGAAAGCAUUCUAAACCCUACUGACUCAUUCGAGGAGUUUGCCUCUGAGAUGAGCUCCAGCCUUGAAGAGAGGAUCAGUUUAAUUGCGAAAUCCAGUACAAUAAGUGAGAUUCAAAGUGAAAUUGGUGAAAGUUCGAAAGGAGAAUUGCGAGAAACGAAAUCAAGCGAUAAUUUGCAAAGUAAAGAUGAAUCAAUGUCAGCGUCAGCAAGCAAUUCGAAUAUAACUGAACAAAAUGGUGAUGAUGCAGAGUGUGAAAGGGAUGAUUACUUACAUUCACCAGAGCUGGUGAACAAAGAAAAACAUGUUUUUAUACUGAGCACAGCAGGAAAACCUAUUUACUCAAGAUAUGGUAAUGAAGACAAACUCGCAGGUUUAUGUGGCGUGAUACAGGCCCUAGUCAGCGUGGUCGAGGAACAAAACCAGGAUAUCUUGAGAUCCAUCAGCACCAAGGACUGCAAGGCGAUCUUCCUGGUCAAGGGCCCUUUGAUAUUAGUUGCUGUCUCCAAGUCAAAUGAAAAUGAAACACAACUAGUUCUACAGUUAACAUAUGCCUUCAAUCAAAUAGUAUCAGUCUUAACAUUAACACAGUUAAACAGGAUAUUUGAACAACGUCGGAACUACGAUUUAAGACGACUUCUAUCCGGUGCAGAACGUCUUAUAGACCAUCUACUUAUAUUCAUGGAAAAAGAUCCAGCAUUCUUAUUAGGAGCUGUACGAUGUUUACCAUUGCCAGAAAAAGCUAGAGAAAACAUAACAAAUGCUAUUACAUCUGCCUGUAAUAAAAUAAGGGAUUUAGUAUUCGCUAUAUUGAUAGCUGGCAAUCAAUUGAUAACUUUGGUCCGGAUGAAGAAAUAUACAUUGCACCCUUCUGAUAUACAUUUGCUGUUCAAUCUGGUGAGGAGUUCAGAGUCUUUUAAGACUGCGGAAAGUUGGACGCCCAUAUGCUUGCCGAAGUUCGAUGCUACAGGUUUUCUGCACGGUCAUGUAUCAUACAUUUCCGAGGACUGCCAAGCUUGCCUUUUACUGCUUACCGUUCAAAGAGACGCGUUCUUCCCUCUAUCACAAGCGAAACACACUAUCGCGGAGAAACUGAGGCGGUCAAACUGUUUAGUCGCAAUAAACGACGCAUUGAACAGAAACAAAGAACUACCCACAACAAAUCCUCUAAAACAUAUAGGCAUACCGGAAAUAAGGCACUUCAUGUACAAAUGUAAAUCAACAGCUCAGCUUUUUACGUCGGAUCCUAUUAGUUUGGACAGAUUACAGGAUUACAGAUUACGACAUAAAGAGGGUGGGGAUAUCAUGGUUAAGAAAAUAGAGAAAUUAUCGGAUAUGGAUUACGUGAGGAAUUAUAGGAGAUUCUGCAGUCAAAUACACUGUAGUUCUACACCAGCUAAGUUAAUAUUUAGAUCAAAUUCAGACGAUACGGUGUUAGCGUGGGUUACAAACGGUUUCGAGUUAUAUGUGACCUUCGACCCACUUAUGGAAAAGGAUCAAGCCAUACGGGCGGUUGAUCGUCUCUUACACUGGAUAAAGAGAGAAGAAGAGAGAAUAUUCAUCAUGCACGCUCCAACCUUCUAGCCAAAGUUGACCCUUGGUGGUAUUAUAAAGAACACUAUAUCUCGCAGUGUUGAGAACAAUUGAGUACAUUUAGAGAUUAAAGGAAAGAAUAGGCAAUAAUUCACAUCGCAAUUCACAGUGAUAAAAAUGAAGAUCAUAAACAUCCCCAGCUAUUACUGACUUGCUAUUUUAUUGGAGAUAGUAAUUUAGAACUAAGAUCCAAAAAGUUCGUUAAAAGAUAACAUUAUUAGAUUAUAUUUAAAGCAAUAAUGUAAAAAAAACAUUAUGCAUACACCAUUUUUACCUGUCUUAUCAUGUUAAUAGUCUUUUCAUUAUUGUUUACUUUAACUGUUUUAGAAAUUUAAAAGAACACGUGCGUUAAUUACAAUUUAUUUUAUUUACAUAUUUUUUAAACACGCUCUGCUCGUAAAAAAGGGAGUAAGAUUACUAACAUACAAGACAGUGGAGAGAUAGUGACGUCAUUCUCUUACGUAUUUUUUCACUUUUUAAUUUUAGUGUGUAGAGGUAAGGUGAAUCGUUUUAUAUGAGGGAAAAGUCGAAAGUGUCCAGCUGUAAGAAUAUUACAACUCAAGAACCCACCAAAAUAGUGCUAAUACCACUGAAUUACGAGCAAACACAUUCCUCAUUUAGCCUUUAUUGUAUGCAGUGUAUUGUGUCCAAAUAAGUAAAAACGUCCAGCGCACGUCUCUCUUUACACCGGUGGAAUGUUUCUAGCUCACCUUUUUUUUCCCAUUUUAUGGUGAACGCUUAGAACAUUAGAGGUAAAAUAAUGACUGACAACUGGUAAAUGGUAUGAAGUGUAGUUCGAGAAACCAUUCUAAAGUGGAGUGAUAUUUGAUGCUUCAAUAUUAGUUGUGUACACGAGAUCUGUAUGUUCUUAAUUAUGUGGCUAGUACAUACAAAAACGCUAAAAAAAGAAAAAAUACAUAAGAGCCCUGAUUUUCUGUCUUCAGCACCAUAAUGUCCCGAAAUGCGAGUUAGUGUGAAUUUAAUUUUAUAAUGAAAGUGGUUUCAGCUCCAAGUUUGACCGUCAAUAAUUAUUGUUGUCACAUAUUGUGUAUGAAAAUGUGCUACAAUUAAAUAAGGCGGUGAAUCAGGGCCGUGGCACUACUAUCAGGUGUAUUUUCCUGUGUGCUAAAUUAAAUAUAAUAGUUCAAUGAAAUUAAGAGCUUGUACAAUAUAAUUGACUUAUGUGCGUUUUAAGGAAUUAAAAUAUUUCGUGCUUAAACGGUGAAGGGAAGUAUCGUGAGAAAGCCUGCAUACCUAGGAGUGCUCCAUACUGUUCUCAAAGGUGUGUGGAGUCCGCCAAUCCGUAAUGGGCCGGCGUGGUGGACUUAGCCUUGACCUUAAUGUUGAAGGAUGCAUAACUAUAUCUCAA